GCUUAAAUCUCUGUUUUUUUUUCCUUCCCAUCUUCUUUCGAGUCUCUCGGCGAUGGCGACAAGAAGGCUUCCUCACCUCCUGAAAACCCUCGAUCCCUUCCACUCUGCUACGAAGGAGAGGGCAAUCAACACGCUCGUCAGCGAGCACACCGCCAAAUGGAUGCAGGAUACCAGUAAGAAAUCCCCAAUGGAAUUGAUUAGUGAAGUCCCACCCAUAAAAGUUGAAGGCCGGAUUGUUGCCUGUGAAGGAGAUAGUAAUCCUGCCCUUGGCCACCCAAUUGAGUUUGUUUGCCUUGACCCGGAGAAACUGGCACUAUGCAAAUAUUGUGGCCUCCGUUAUGUUCAAGAUCAUCAUCACUGAGGGGAUUUAUCUGAAACUUGUCGGCGAUGACGAUCUUAAAUCAUGCCACCCGGCAAGAAACCCUUCUCUGUGUUUUGCUUUGUUGUACUGUAAGAACGAUUUGCAUGCUUAGCUUAUAAAAGUACAACUUGUUUGUGUGAACAUAACUAAUGUUCCGGAGAGUGGACUAUUGUUUCUUCCGAAAUACUUAUUCUUGAUGGAUGCAUGAUAAGUUAAUAACC